AUGAUUCAAUCUUAUAAAUAUUUAAUGAAUGAAAAGGGACAUCAUUCAAGACUACCACUCAAAACUAAAUCACUAUUGGCAUCAGGUGAUUAUUCAAUGACUCCUCCUCCGACAACAACAACAACUCCAACAACAAACCUGAAUAGAAUUAGAUUAAACAACAACAACAACAACAACAACAACAACUUACCAACUCCUCCUAUACUGACACCUCAAAAUAAUAAUAAUAAUAAUAACAAUGGCAUCAAUAAUUUCAUUGUUCAAAAUGUAAAUAAUAAUAAUAAUAAUAAUAAUAAUAAUAAUAAUAUAAAAGAAUUGACAAAUUCUUCACCAGAUAUUAUUGGUGAGACUUUUCAACAGAAUCAACAUUUACCUAUUGUUCAACAACAACAACAACAACAACAACAACAACAACAACAACAACAACAACAACAACAACAACAACAUCAAUUACCAAAAUUAUUAUACCCUCUAACAACGACAAACAAGAGAACCAUUAAUAAUGCAAUAAGAAACACUCGAUCAAAGAAUAAUGAAAAUAAUGAAAUGGUACCAUUUACAUCUAAAGUUUUAUCAAGAGAACUUGAUGGAUCUAGAAAAUUACAACAACCAUUACCAUUUUCAUCAAAUUUCCAAUUGAUUGUAACAGUUCAAGCACAUAAAGCACCAACAUAUUGUUUUACAUUUGAUAAAACAGGAGAUAGAUUUAUAACUGGAGCAGAUGAUCAUUUGGUUAAAGUUUGGUCAUCGAGUACUGGUAGAUUAAUAAGGACUUUACGAGCGCAUGCAGGUGAUAUUACAGAUAUGUCUGUUAGUUUUGAUAAUUCAAUGUUGGUAUCUGCGUCCAAUGAUAGUACUGUUCGUGUUUGGGAUUUGUAUAGCUAUGCCCCCAUACACACUCUACUAGGACACGAAGUAUCGACAAAGAAUUUUAUCACCUCUGUAUCAUUUUGUCCAACACCCGAUAGAAAUCUUGUUCUCAGUUCAGAUUCUUAUGGCGUUUGUCGUCUAUGGGAUCUCGACGAUUUAUCAAAGUCUUGUAUUUUACAAUCUUCAACAUCUUCAAUCAACAGUGCCAGUUUUAACAAUGCUGGUACACUUGUAUUUAUUGCCAGUGGAACAUCUAUCACUAUCUGGUCACUUGCAUCACAUCCACCCGUACUUGUAAAUACUUUGGAGGGUCAUACCCCCACUAUAAAAUUAUUAUCUUGUAAUCAUAAAAGUGAUUCUAUCAUAUCUGGUACCGACGAUGGUACUGUAAUCAUUUGGAAACAUUCCUAUGGUACCAUUUGGAAUCAAAUAACUUUUAAUUCAAGAGGAAUUAAUUCUCAAAAAAGAAAUUUUAAAGAUAAAUUAAGAACAGUUGUUUGGUCGUUGGAUGAUAGAUUUAUCAUAACAGCUGAUCAUGUUAUAAGAGUUUGGGAUGCCAACGAUGGGUCAUUGUGUAGAGAAUUAACAGAACAUCUUUCAGAUGUAUUUGUAUUGGAUACUCAUCCGUUUGAUAGAAGACUAGUGAUGAGUGCUGGCUAUGACUCUAUGGUUUUAUUGUGGGAUAUUGAAAGAGGAGUAGUUGUAAAAAAGUUUAUUUUGGAUAAUUUGAUUGCUUCGUCACAGAUUUCAGAUGGUGGAUUCUCUCCCGAUGGAACACAGUUGUGUGUUACAACCAACACUGGAAAAUGGUACAUGUUUGAAAUUGGAGGAGAUGUAAAUUCCACCCGCUUUUCAAAUACACCAUUUGAACAAUUUUUUCACAACGACUAUCAUUCACUCAUUCGUGAUCUUUAUGGUUAUGUAUUGGAUGAUCUUACUCAAACAGCACCUCAUCUUUUACCACAACCGCUGCUUGUCAACUAUCAAGGACAAUCCUAUGGUUUCCAACCACCACCCCCACCUGAACCCAAAAAUUAUUCCAAAACAGCUCAAUAUCAAGAGGAUCUGCGUCGAUACAAACAAUUAUUAGAGUAUGAAACAGAGCUCUCUCUCAAAGAGGAACCAAAACAAAAAAGAGAGUUUAUUAUACCUCCAGAACCACCCACACCAACAAAAAAACCAAGAGGAAGAAAACAACCACCAACACAAGCACAACAAGAAGAAACAGAAGAGGAAGAGUCUGUUGAUGAUUAUGAUCUUCCAAUUCCUAGUGAUCUUUCAGAUGACGAUUUUGUCCCCUCUGAGGAGGAAUCAGAGAGAAAUCAGUCAGAAUCCUCUGAAGAAGAAGAAUCUGAAGAGGAAGAAGAAGAAGAGGAAGAAGACUCAAAUGAUGAAAACCAAAUUACAACAAGAAGUCAAAGUAGGAAAAUGGUUGAACAAAAGAAAAAGAAAAUAUUAAGAAGAAAAAUCCCAUUGACAAGAAGUAGAACAACAAAUGGACAACUUGAUGAAAUUAUAGAGACAUUGGGGCUACCAACUGAAAUACCAAGUGAUGAAGAUAAUGGACAGGAUGGUAACGAAUCAACAACAGCUGAUUCAAUGAUAAAAAGAAAAAGAGGUCGUCCAAUGUCAACUCGUUCUAUUUAUGCCUAUAGUAACAAUGCAAACGGCGAGGAUGACGAAGAAGAUGAAGACGAUGAUGAUGAGGAUUACCAAGAGGAAUUUGAAAGUGGAGAUGACCAACAAGAUGAUCAAGAUGAUGAUGAUCGAAUGAAAAAAGAUAAAACAAACAAGAAAAAGAGAAAAGCAAGGUUCACCUUAAAACCCAACAGUGUACCUACAGCUUUAAAACCCUCCUCUUCACCUCCUCUUUGUCCAAAAUGGUUAUUGGUUGACUCUAAUAAUUCUAUUACCUCUUAUAUACCACAAAUUGGAGAUAAUGUAAUUUAUUUCCACCAAGGACAUAAAAAAUAUUUAGAUAUGUACCCAGAUGAGGUUGUCCAAGACGUUGGUUUAUCUCUAUUGUGGUUGUCUACAGCAGAAGAAUGUAUUAUCAAAGAAUUAAAAUAUAUUAUCACCUCGCCUCAAUCUAGCAAUCCCGGAUUGCAUCAGGCACAAAUCACGCUAAAACCUGUUUCAAGUCCCGAUGAAGAAGAUGAAAUCAAGGUAUUUUAUCAUGUUAGUGACAUUCCAGAUUAUUUGGUAUUGGCAAGUAAGGUUAAAAGGAGCCUCGAGACGCGAUGGGCACCAGGAAUGAAAUUUAAAAUGUAUUAUCCCGAUGAAGAAAAGUGGUACAAUGGUAGAAUCAAGAGUAUUGCCCCUUCGGAUCCAAAUUACCCAGACAGUUUAUGGGAAAGAAUAUUGGUUUGUUGGAGUCAGGAUGGCAAUGAUGACAGGGUUAGUCCUUGGGAAAUAGAAUUAUUGACCGAUCAAGAAAUAGAAGCAGCAGCAGCAGCAGGAGAGCAAGAAGAGGAUGAUUCGGAAAUGGAACAAGAUAUAGACCAAACAUCUUAUUUGAUGCUUGUCGAUAAAUUAUUGCGAACAAUGACUGAUGAAUCAGAAGAGGUUAUCGAACCUCAAGUACGUGAUUCGAUCAUUGCUACAUUGGAAGAUAUCGUCGAAAAUGAAAUAUGUUUGCCCUAUUUGGAGCCAGUAGAUUUGGAAUCGUAUCCCCUCUACAUCCAUUAUGUCGCCCACCCAAUGGACUUUUCAACCAUAUUCUCUCGUCUGAGAAACGACUAUUAUCGUCGAGUUGAAUCGGUUGCACACGAUACAGAGUUGAUCAUGCGAAGUGCAUUUACAUACAACCAACCCAACACCAAAAUUGCAAGAAACUCAAAGCUCGUGUAUCAUCAAGUUUUGGCUUCCCUCAGGGAAUAUCUUCCACCAGGUAGCGAAAUAGAUCAUGGACAAGAAUCAAUUGAUAAUAAAACUGACCAAGAAGAAUCAAUGGAAGUUGAUAUAGAACAACAACAAGAAGAAGAUCAAAGUGAAAAGGAUGAAGAUGAUGAAGAGGAAGAAGAUAUGGUUGUUAGGAAUCCACCACGAAGAACAAGAUCAGCUUUGGCAAAUAAUAAUAAUAUUAAUCCAACACCAACAACAGGAAUAACAAGAUCAAAAUCACUAGUCAUCACAAUUCCUCAAACAAUGGUUUCAACAAGAACAUCUAGAUUAAAAAAACAAAAUGACAUUGUUCCACAGGAAGAAGAAGAGGAAGAGCAAAUAGAGUCGGAACAAGAAAACGAUGAUGACUUUUCAAUUGACUCUGAUAAUGAACUUGGUAACAAGUUUAAAAGAAAGUCUACCACUACCCAAAAUGGAAAAUCAACUCAUCAAAUCAAGAGAAGAAAACCAACAAAAUUAAUUGAAGAAGAGGAAGAAAGUCUAGAAGAGGAAGAAGAAGAAAAAGAUAGUAGUUUUGAAGAUAUUUCCAAUGAUGAUAUAGAAGUAGACUCUGUUAAUUCUAGUACUGAAUCCAACAACAAUAAUGUCCAACAACAACAACAAGAGAAUCCAGUUACGCCAAUUGCCAAAAAGAUGCCAUUGUCUUUAAAAAUACGCACCAAUAAACUAAUUUCCUAA